AUGCCUCAUCCACAGAAGGUCGCGAAACCUAGGAAGGUCACGAAGCCACGGAAAGCACAAUUGAUCGCACAAAUCGCCGCUCUCGAGAUCGAAAAAGCAGCGCUCAAAGCCCAGCUGCGUAAGAGCGAGCAAGAACGAGAAAACAUGCAACAGCAACUAACAAGAGCCGCCGCGAUGCUCACGUGGAGCCAGCCGACUCCCCAAUCGACCUCGCUCGAUCACACCCUCCUCCCCACCGCGGUCAUGACGGACGUCUUAGGGGAGGUGAAAGAGUCGGAUACAGUCCUCCACCAAUACUGGUCGGAUCAAACGUCGCCAGCAGCGCCCGAAUGGACCAAUUCGUCUCCCGAGAGCGGAAAAAGUGCCACCUUAGACCGACCAGUCGAAGCCGGCAUCCCCUUCUCCCAAAUCAAUCGUCCGUGCGCCAGCGUAGGGGAUCGUCACGACCAAGUGAGCGAGUGCUGUGGACAGGCACCCGUGGACAUUGCCAACCAGGGUUGCAGCCUUUGCGGGGAGCAUUGUGAAUUAUUCACGCCGGAUUCGAUGGCUGAAAUGGGGACAGAUUGGCCGGAAGUGAUCUCUACGUGUCCGAUAUGCAAUGAGGAUGGCUACAAUUUAGCCUGCACGUGGGAUUGGAACUCCCAUUUCGUCAGCAGCACGGACACCGACACUAGACCGGUCUCGCCAUCGUCAACGUCUCACUCUCAGAGUCACUGA